GUCAUUCCAUUUUGUGGGCUUUUCCAUCAGCAAUUCCACCUUCACCGCCAACUCCGUAACUCUGAUUUCCGUCGCCUCCGUCGUUAUAGUCGACCGCCGGCACGCUGCAUCGCAAUGAUGCCUUCGGUGAUCUCCAUCUUCGUCAUCUGAAACCCCCUUCCAAUCCGAGUCGCCUACAGGCUUGACCCCCUUGGAAUCAGCCAUCGAUCACCACCGACACGGUUACUCUUCUAUUUUCAAAAAUAUCUUCUCAUUUUAGAGAUUAGGCGAUGCACUGAGAUACUAUUAAGCGACUGCUUGCUGUGUGUCUUCUUCAGAAGUUCUGGAUUGAUUGCAUUUAAUUAUUGUUAUUUAAGGACCACUAAGUUAGUUGUUCUCAAAGUUGAACAAACAGUUUUUGCUUGGUCUGCAAUCUGCAAAGAUUUUUGCGUCAUGUCCAAUGCACGCUCAGACCGCGAUGAUGAUCAUGCUGUGAAAGAAAAGAGAAUCCUUCCUCCUGGGGUCAGUUCUAGAGACACAAAAGACAAGUCAUAUGGAAAAGCUUUGGUUGAUGCUUCUAUAGGGGAAUUAAAUAAUGUAAAAAGAAGCAACAAUUCUUACCCACCUGAAACGUCUCAAAAUAGGAAGGAUUUUUCAAACUUGCUGGAAGGUGUAGUAUUCGCACUGUCUGGGUUUGUUAACCCUGAAAGGGCUGCAAUACGAUCUCAGGCACUAGAGAUGGGGGCAAAAUACCGACCAGAUUGGACCUCAGAUUGUACAAUUCUAGUGUGUGCAUUUUCGAAUACUCCUAAAUUUAGACAAGUCAAAUCUGAUGGUGCUACGAUCGUGUCAAAGGAAUGGAUAUUUGAGUCCUACAUCCACAAAAGGCUUGUUGACAUUGAACCUUACCUUAUGCAUGUUGGGAAACCAUGGCGAAACAAUAGCAAGCAGUUUGAUACCAAUCAAGAUCAGAACGUUGCCCAACAUGAAGAAUCUCUAACACAAUCUCGGAAAUCAGAUAUGAAGUUUAGCAGAUCCAAAAGACAUGUGGAAACUACUGAUGUUGAUGGUCAAUUUUCUCCUUCCAAGAUAAAAAAAUGGGCAAUAGAUGAUUUGCAUAAGACAAUGUCAUGGUUGGAGAGUCAAGAUGAAAAACCAGAUGAGAGUGAAAUCAAAAGUAUAGCUGCAGAAGGAAUUAUUACUUGUCUUCAAGAUGCAAUUGAUUCUCUCAGUCAAGGUCAUGAUGUUCGGCUUGCUAGUGAGCAAUGGAAGUUCGUUCCUCAUGUUGUUAAAGAACUGGUGGAACUUGAGGAGAAAAGCAGUAAAAAACCACCAACUUCGAAGAAAGUGCUGCAUGAGUUAGCUUUAAAGUGCAAGGAGAUUUAUGAAGGCGAGCUUUUGCUUGUAGAUGACACUAAAAUAAAACAACAGAAGAUUUUUCAUGCUGUGGAGGGAGAACCUGCGGAUGAUCCUGGGGCGGACAGUGAUGACACAAUUGAAAUGACAGAAGAAGAAAUUGAGCUUGCAUACAGACAAUUUUCUGAGAGCUGUGAAUGAUUGAGCUGAAACCUGAGUUCAAGUUUGAUGGCUAAGAAUUUAAGAUUAUUUUCUAGUGGAUUGAGUCGUACGAGACAUUUUCUCCUCCAUUAGCCUUGAGAUUUUGGAAGAACCACUGACAAAGCUAGUGGAUACUGUGGGCCGACAAUGCGAUUAGUCUCUGGAUUGCUAGAUGACUGAGCAACAAAGUGUGACCUACGACUCUGGGAGAAUGAUCUUUUUGUUAACUAAAAUACCAGUGUGCAAAAACUACCUAUACAAUCAGUCACUACACAUUAGCAAUUUCUAUGAAAUACUUGCCUAUUCUUUGUUAA